CGCCCUCUGAAACAGCUCAGGGCAGAGCGACAGACACACAGGGAUCCUGGAGGAGAAAGAAAGAUUAACAGCACUUUUACUUUGGAAGUGGGAAGCUUCGCACUCCCGGACAGACAUGCGCUGGAAAAGUGAAGUAAAAGUGGAGUGCUGCGUUGUGAACGAGAGUGGGAACGGAUCGUCCAACGAUGAGCUUCUCGUCAUGUGUGAAGAUUGCAAAGGAGACGAAGAGCUGCUAGGCCCAUGCACUGAGGACAGGAGAGACAUUAUGGGCGCGUCGGUGGAGGUCCUGGAUGAAGACGCGUCGUCGCUGCAGGCGAUGGCCUCUGCGCCUCUCUUAGGCAGAGCAGUGUGCGCGAGCUGCGACGAGGACAUUGUGGAUAAAUAUUUAUUAAAGGUUAACGACUUGUGCUGGCAUGUGCGUUGUCUCUCCUGCAGCGUGUGCCAGACUUCACUUGGCAGCCACACGAGCUGUUACAUCAAAGAAAAAGAAGUUUUCUGUAAACUGGAUUACUUUAGAAGAUACGGCACCUGGUGCGCGUGCUGCGGCCGGAACAUCCACUCCACAGACUGGGUCCGCCGGGCCAAGGGCAACGUCUACCACCUGGCCUGCUUCGCCUGCUUCUCCUGCAAGAGACAGCUGUCCACCGGGGAGGAGUUCGCCCUGGUGGAGGAGAAGGUGCUCUGCCGGGUCCACUACGACUGCAUGCUGGACAACCUCAAGCGGGCCGCGGAGAAAGGAAACAGUGUUAACAUGGACGGGGCUGUGCCCACUGAACAGGAGCUUAACCAGCCUAAACCCUCCAAGAGAGCACGGACCAGCUUCACCACGGACCAGCUGCAGGUGAUGCAGGCCCAGUUUGCUCAGGACAACAAUCCAGAUGCCCAAACCCUGCAGAAACUGGCGGAGCAGACGGGCCUCAGUCGGAGAGUCAUACAGGUGUGGUUCCAGAACUGCAGAGCACGCCACAAGAAGCACGUGAGCCCCAACCACACGUCCAGCACCCCCCUGACCUCCCUGCAGGCCAGCCGCCUCUCGCAGCCCACACCGACCCCCGAGGAGCUGCAGUACACAGCUUACGGAGGCCCGGAGGGAUCAAUGCUCUCUGCACUGCACUCCUUCAUAGACAUCCACUCCCCUCCAUCCAUGUUUCAACCGCUGCUGCCAGCCCACACCAUGACCUCCCUGCCUGUGUCUCACGCCUGAGUGCCCCCCCCCCCCCAACACACACACGCACACGCACGCACGCACACGAGCGGUCGUCAUUAGCAGCAGCAGUAUGCAGAUUUCCAUG